GUUUGAUUCUUUGGAACUUCAAUCACAAAUGGAUGACAGUACUGUGGAAGUGUAAAAAAUUGUAUCCUAAAAAAAUCAUCAGAAAAUAAGCCCAUCAAUGAUUUUACUUUAAAAUAUUAUGGAACAUUUACCCAUGUAUCACGAAAAACAAAUCAAAGAACUGUGUGCAUUGCACGCAUUGAACAAUUUAUUUCAAGACAAAGAAUGCUACAGUAAAAUGCAGUUAGAUGAAAUAUGCCGUCAACUAGCCCCAAAUGAUUAUAUCAACCCGCACAGGUCAAUACUGGGACUUGGAAAUUAUGAUAUCAACGUUAUAAUAACUGCCCUACAUACCAAAGAUUGCGAAGCAGUGUGGUUCGACAAAAGGCGAGAUCCCUCCUGCCUGGAUACAGCGAACAUCAUAGGUUUUAUUCUGAAUGUGCCAUCGACAUAUAAACUAGGAGUAUUGAAACUUCCCCUGCAAAGAAGACACUGGAUAUGUGUGAAAAAGAUCAACAACUACUACUGGAACCUGGACUCAAAACUAGACGCUCCUCAACAGAUUGGUGGUGAAAUUCAUCUGAUAGAAUAUCUUCGUGAUCAACUUCAAAGUAACGAUAAGGAAUUAUUUGUGAUAUGUUCAUCUAAGGCUGAAAAGGAUCAAUCAUGGUUACUACCAGAGCACAGAUUUUCUCAAUGACCGCGUAGCAUCCCGAUAUAUUUUUCCAUUAUUAUGUUUUAAAUGUAUUACUGUCGAAUGUUGAAAAAGCGCGAUUUUCCAAUAAUUUAUCAUUCCUUGAGAAAGCCUUACAUUUUUUUGGACAUGCGUU